AUGCGCAUAAAGGGACAGGAACUGGCGCCGGGUGUGUUUGCUGAGGAGCCUACUCGCGCGCACAUGAAGUCGUACAUCAUGGGAACCACCGUGCUGGCCAUGAAGUACAAAGACGGAGUUAUGCUGGCUACAGACACACAGCUGUCCUAUGGCUCGUACGGGAAGUACAACAACAUAGAAAGGAGCGGGGCUGUGUCCAAGAACACGUUUCUGGCCAGCUCCGGGGAGUACAGCAACUUCCAGGAGCUUCUCAAGGUGCUCCGGGUAAAAACAAACCCGCCGGGCGACAAGGAGGUGUAUAUGGGGCCCAGAGAGUGCUUUGAAUUGGUCAAAAACCACAUGUACGGCAAGCGGUGCAAAGGCACUCCCGAGCUAAACACGCACGUCGUUGCAGGCAUAGAGGGCCCGCUGAAGUCUCGCGUGCUUCCGUACGAGCAUGACCCAAGCGGGAAGUUUCUGGGGGUUGUUGACCACCUUGGAAACUUCUACUACGACAGCAUUGUAGGCACAGGGAUAGGCGCGCACCUUGCUCUGCCUAUACUUCGGGCACAGGUAGGAGAGAACACCGAGAUGUCAGAGGAGGAGGCGCACAAGAUUCUUGUGUCGGUAAUGACCACGCUGUACUACAGAGACACACGGGCGUCUCCAAGCAUUCAGAUAUCAAAAGUAACAAAAGAAGGCAUAACCGUAUCAAAGCCCUUUAUGCUGAAAACGUCCUGGGAGAUAGCAGAUAUUUUAUAA